AUGGCAGACACCAAGGUCUACCGGGCCAGCACCACGGCCCCGGUCAACAUCGCCGUCGUCAAGUACUGGGGGAAGCGAGAUACCAAGCUCAACCUGCCGACCAACUCGUCCCUCUCCGUCACCCUCGCCCAGUCCGAUCUGCGCACCCUCACCACCGCAUCCUGCUCCUCCUCCUACCCCUCCGAGCAGGGCGACACCCUCCUCCUCAACGGCGAACCCUCCGAUGUCUCGGGCGCACGAAUCCAGGCCUGCUUCCGCGCCUUGCGCGCCCGCCGCGCCGCCCUCGAGGCCACCGACUCAUCCCUCCCCAAGCUCAGCGCCAUGCCCCUGAGACUCGUCUCCGAGAACAACUUCCCGACCGCGGCUGGCCUGGCCUCGUCGGCCGCCGGGUUCGCCGCCCUGGUGCGCGCCAUCGCCAACCUCUACGAGCUCACCGACAACCCUUCGCAGCUGAGCCUGAUCGCCCGCCAAGGGUCCGGCUCGGCCUGUCGCAGUCUGUUCGGCGGUUACGUGGCGUGGAGGAUGGGCCAGGCCGCGGACGGCAGCGACUCCCUGGCCGAGCAGGUGGCGCCGGCGUCGCACUGGCCCGAGAUGCGCGCCCUCAUUCUCGUCGUGUCGGCGGCCAAGAAGGACGUCGGCUCCACGUCGGGCAUGCAGCAGACCGUGGCCACGUCGAGCCUCUUCCAGCAGCGCGUGCGCGAGGUGGUCCCCGCCAACAUGGCCAAGAUGGAGAAGGCCAUCCAGGACAAGGACUUUGGGGCCUUUGCCGAGGUCACGAUGCGCGACUCCAACUCGUUCCACUCCACCUGCUCCGACUCGUAUCCUCCCAUAUACUACAUGAACGACGUGUCGCGGGCGGCGGUACGGGCGGUCGAGGCCGUCAACGAGGCCGCUGGCAAGACCGUGGCUGCGUACACAUUCGACGCCGGCCCGAACGCCGUCAUCUACUACCUCGAGAAGGAUGCCGAGGCCGUGGUUGGCACCUUUGCUGCUGUCGUCGGCGGUGCUAGCGGGUGGAAGGAGGGUGCCACGUCAUUGAAAUCUGGCAUCGCUCUGAACGAGACGGUGGCUUCCAUCUUGAAAGAAGGAGUCAGCAGGGUCAUCAUGACUGGCGUUGGCGAAGGUCCGGAGAAGACGGAUAUCUUCCUGGUCGAGGAGAACGGAGAGCCGGCGAAGCGUUACUCAAACACCUUCCAGGCAAAUGUCACCAGGAGCAGCAACAUGAGCACCAUCUGCGACAUUGACCAGGCCGGUAAUGUGGUCUGCACAUAUACCGAGUCUGAGAAGGAGGGCAUCAACGUGGACAAAACCAAGGUCCCCCUGGGCAAGGCCAUCUUCUACGCCUUCCUGCCUGCCGGCUUCCCCCACAGCGUCACAGAUGACUACCUCUCCUACCAGCUUUUUGAUUCCCUGCAGGCAUUCUCUUCUUCCAUCGCCUCCCUGCUUGCCAACCGUGCUGUCCUCGAGGGUCUAGGCGUCGGCAAUGCCGACCAGUCUCCCACAGCCGCACUCGUUCUCCAGAUCAUCCAGGACACCUUCUCCCGCUUGGCCACCAUCCUCUUUGCCCAUCGUAUGGGACAGGCCAUCGAGCCCGAGGCCAAGUCCUACCGGUUCAUGGCCGACAUCUUCAACGACUGCUCGCUCUUUCUGGAUCUGCUCUUGCCGAUCCUUCCGCUCUUCCCCAAGAUCACCGUCAUGGUGACCGCCAGCAUCCUCCGGUCCCUGUGCGGCGUGUCUGCCAACGCGAGCAAGGCCAGUCUGUCGGCUCAUUUUGCCAAGGUGGGCAAUCUCGCAGAGCUGAACGCCAAGGAAGCGUCUCAGGAAACUGUCGUGAGCCUCGCCGGCAUGCUGACUGGCACUCUCGUCGUCCACAUGGUCAAGGACAAGAAGGCCGUGUGGUGCUGGAUGGUGACCUUGCUGGGCAUCCACCUCUACAUGAACUACCGCGCAGUCUCUGCUGUCAAGAUGCUCACCCUGAACCGGCAGCGAGCGACGAUUGUGUUCCGGGAAUAUCUGGAGCACGGCAAGAUUGUCACUCCCGAGCAGGCCUCGAGACGGGAGAGCAUCCUUCUCAAGGGCCGUGGCCGCCUGUGGAGCAAGAGCGGCGACUAUGAGGGCACCUGCGAGUUCGGCACCUACGGCGACGUCAUGAACUGGAAUCCCUGGGGAUACCACCGCUACGUCUUCGAGACGGAGACGUACUACAUGGGUAUCUGGCACUGGCGAGCUAGCUUCUACAUCCGCAUCGCCAUGAAGGAGGGCAGCGACGACGUCCAUGGUCCACUACUGGCCUGGUUCGAUGCUGUGACCCACGCCUACCACUUUGACCAGGCUCUUAAGGACGGCCUGGACAGCCACUAUGAGAGCGAGGGACACCACGGCUACAUCACGCAGGAGACCAAGGAUACUGUCCUUGGUGCGCUGCGCUCUGCCGGCUGGGACGUCGACAACAACCAACUCGAGACCAUGUCUCCUGUCCGCGUUCGCGUGGGUGAAUCCAAGAAGGGCAUGUAG